AUGUGUGCGGUCAACUCCGAAGCUCGUAUUACUCUGUCGCUUCUAUGCCUCUCCACUAAUUUUAUAUUCGAUGUGCAUUCUGUCUUUGUCUCUUGUACAAGCUAUAAUUAUCAGCUGAUUCUUUAUUCGGUGCCCUUUAUUUGGCACAUUCACCAGUUCGAUGACAAAUCAAGCUGGAUUGGCAAACCCAACUCGCUCAUUUGCGUAGUCAAAUAUAGUAUAGAAGUUGCUCAUGAAGGCAUCGCCAAGAAUCCAAAGUUCAUCGUUUCCGGAUGGCAUCUUCGAGAAUGCAACAAUGCAUCCCCCGUCGGGUUGCUCAAUGAUGUAUUGUUGUCCUUCAAGCUCAAAUUCAUACACAACUCCGUUGCUCCAAAGUUUGAAAGUGAUUGUUGGAUAAUUGGAAACUGUACUGCAGUCAAUCGGUUCGAGUUCUGUCACGCCGAGAGAAUCCAAUAUCUCUUGGAUGUUUUCGGGGGGUCCAACUAUGAACGAAGUCCCACUAUCGACGGCUGCCAUGAAAGUUCCUGGGAUAGUAGGAUCGCCUGAUUCUGCUCCGACGGUGAUUCCUACCAGAAGGAAUGUCCAGUAGAGUUUAGCGUAGAGCGGCACCCAUGUGAUGUUACCCUUGAAAUCUUCAAUCAGUUCCACUUAUCAGAAGUCUUAAGGCUGUACCUGAUAGCGGGAAGGGUCUGUUCCACAUAACGUCAGCUCUCCACCCUCAGCAGUUUCGAAGGAAUUGCGUUUGAGCCAGAAAGCGAAAACAGCUUCCGGACACGCUGUCGUUACCCGCGACUGUGGAAUGAGCCGUAAGAAAUGAAAAUGACCUUGUUAGCAAAAAGAUGUUCCAGAGGUGUCGUAAUGUGACCCUUAGAUAUUGAAGGCCACGCCAUACCGAGAGUGCCGUCGGGUUCAGUACCAUCCAGAUUGAGCACAUACUCUGCACAAACAAAUUCUUGGCGGAAGCAGUGCUUCGGCUUCGUAUCGAUCUAG